AUGCUGGUCGAAGAAGUGCCGAGAAGCUUCGUGAAGAAGAACAACAAUUACAGCCACUGUCCGUUGAAAAAACGGCCAGUCCAGAUGCUGGACGAAGAAGUGUCGGAAGUUAAAGAAGAGAUAGAAAUCGAUGUCGUCAUGGACGAUAUACCCGAGCCAGAGAACCUGAGUACAAAGCCGGAAGAUUUGAGCAAAACGGCGGAACGUAAUCAGCAACAGGAGCAGGAGGCGACCGAGCAACGGGCGUCCAACGAUUCUCCUUCGCCGAUCCCGAAAAUCUCAUCCUCGCCCCCGUUGAUGAGCAGGCCGACUUCUCCGAACGCGUUACACGGCCACAUCCACCCCGUGCACCAUAUUCAUCAUCAUCACCAUUACCCGACAAAAGUGAUCACGCCACCGGUUGGAAUCGCGCCGAUUCACCCGGUGGCCAAGAAGGCGCGAGUGGAAGUAAUCCAGCACGAUAAUUCGUCGUCGACGGGCGCCGUGACGGCCACGCCCGCCCCCCUGCACUUCAUGGCGAGCAAAGCGCCCCUCGAACCUCUCAAUUUGAACACACCGGUCGAGUCGUUGCCGCAUUACGCGGCUCCAGCGUGGGCGCGGACGGCUCCUCUUUAUCCCCCUCACUAUCUCCCCUACCCGGCAGCGUAUCACCGUUACCAUCCCGCUGGCGCGGAGCUGUACCCAUCCUAUCCGAUGCCCGCUUAUCCACACUCGUCCCCGGAGCAUCAUCAGGCGGUCUCGCCGCCGCCGCACAGCGCCCUCACCUGUCCAACGAUACAACGACCGAUCGCGAGAAGUUACGCGCACUGGGCGAGCCCGGAUCACUGCGGCCUGUCCCCGACGAGUUCGUUGGGGUCGGGAUCGUUGAGGUCGCCGCCCCCAGUCACGCCGGAGGAUCUGUCCUCUCCCGGAAGCGACAGCGGAAGAUCGUCGGCCGGCAGCACGUCGGCGGGUAGCGCGAUCGUCCAUCCGAAAAUGGAGAAAUCCGGAGUGUCGAGCAGUUCAACCGCGUCCAUGUCUUCGAAUUCAUCCUCCUCCUCGUCCUCUUCUUCGUCGACGUCCCCGAGAUACCAGUGCCCGGAUUGCGGUAAAUCGUACUCCACCUAUUCCGGGUUGUCGAAACACCAACAAUUUCAUUGCGCUGCGGCUGAAGGGCAGGCGAAGAAAUCGUUCUCGUGCAAAUACUGCGAGAAGGUGUACGUGAGCCUGGGCGCGUUGAAAAUGCACAUCAGAACGCACACGUUGCCUUGCAAGUGCCAUCUCUGCGGGAAAGCGUUCUCCAGGCCUUGGCUCCUCCAAGGGCACAUCAGAACGCACACGGGGGAGAAACCGUUCAGCUGUCAGCAUUGCAACCGCGCGUUCGCCGACAGGAGUAACCUGAGGGCGCACCUUCAGACGCACAGCGACGUGAAGAAAUAUUCGUGCACCUCGUGCAGCAAAACGUUUAGCAGGAUGUCAUUGUUGACUAAACAUCAGGAGGGUGGAUGCCCGGGCGUAACAGUCCCGAUGGGCUACGGUUCUUGAGGACAUUGACGAAGGCGAAGGCGUGGUGGUGCGCGGUCGUACCGAACGAGGGGAUCCCUUUCCACGG